GCUCACCUUGGCGGGAGUCCUUCAUAGAGUAGUGUUCUACCCCCCGUCAUCCUCGCACGCGGUCAAAAAGGUGACGAGGCGAUGAAACAAUUUGUGAUUCCCUUACUUAAUUUUCUUUCUACAAUAUGUCCGUCCCUUGUCAUCGUUGAUUAGGUGCACUGCGCUCGAUGAACUCACCCUAUAAAUUGACAGGUACACAAAUCGCAUCCUCGCUCUCGAGAUGCUGCUCUUUUUAUGUGUCCUUUCAGAAGUUCGCACCAAGCCAGCGCAAAAACACGGACAAGUGGCUUUUUGUCGCCACAAUACUUUCUUCCCCCGUAUUUGCAAGCAAUUUAUACGAGAGCAGCGGUAUCAGACUUGAAGAGUCUACUGCUCAAUGCUUCGGUGAUUAUCGCCCCUCCCACAAAGACCUUGUGCCGUGUGGAAAAGUGCGCUUGUGGAUAGGUGAGCAUUAUCAGUUUUUACCUCUGCUGCGAUGCAUCUUAGGUAUCUUAUUGUGGGGGGUUCCACACCUGUUUUGUCGGUGCACUCUCCGAUCUCGUAUAUUUCUGUUAUAUUGGUCACGUGCCACAACACAUUGUCUUGGAACCACUCUUCCACUGGUGCUUAGGCAUUCACACUCCUACCUUCCACAUUUCGCCAAUACGCUUGUAUCUUCCGUAUCGUAUAUAAGCCUCCAUGUCUUAUCGCCACUCACUUAUCGUCUACAACCGCUGAAAUUUUCCAGCAGUUUUCGUCUUUCAAAGUACUACUCUUCUCCUUACAUAUUUAAUUUCUGCUUGAAUCAUGCAACAAGUGUGUUCAAUCCUGAAGUGCUCUGCAGUCAUCCCUGUUGCGGAGGGUCAAGAGGCAGCGGUGUUCGAUUGCAAGUCGAUUUGCGAAAAGUGCUAUGGCAAGCCGAUUUGCGCAAAAUGCGAUCGUUUGUUGCACACGCCGCUCCCAAUCAUCCCCGCAAGACAGAGCGAGCCGGCACACGAAGAACCAGGGGCUUAUCGGAUAGAAGCAAUCCACGCGUAUCUCCCGAGUCCCAAGCCGGGCUAUACGAUCAGGCUUAUAGAAGUUCCUGACGGCGAGGGUGGUAUGCGGUACGAAUAUAUUUCCCGCCGUGUGAAAUCUGAGAAGAGAUGCACCGACGCCAAGCUGUGGAAGCGUAUG